GCACGGCACCCGGGCUUGUGCAGCACCCAGAGCUGCUCUGAAACAGCCUCCCUGCCCCUGCCUCCUGCCAUGGCCCUGGGAGUCACAGCCCUGCUCCUGCUGGGGACGCUGGGCACAGCUGCCAGGGCUCAGCCCGUGCUCAGCCAGCCCCACUCGGUGUUCGUGCAGCCCGGGCAGAGCGCUCGGCUCUCGUGCACGCUGAGCCCGCAGUACAACAUCAGCCACUUCGGCAUCUCCUGGUACCAGCAGCGCCCGGGGCACUCCCUCACGUACCUGCUCUACUACAACUCCGAGAGAGACAAGCACAAGCCUGCCAGGACUCCCGAGCGCUUCUCGGCCACCAAGGACCUGGCCAGCAACGCCUGCAUCCUCACCAUCGCCGCCGCCUGCCAGGACGACAGUGGCACCUACUACUGUGCCCUGUCCCCAGCCCUCAGGUGGCUCUAGAGAGCAGCAGCCCUGGGAGGGACGGUUAAAAUCCACCUCUGCAUUGAGACAUAAACUUGAAAGAAUGUUGGGAUUUUAGAGGAGCUGAGGUUUUAGUUAAAGUUAAGCCUUUAAUAUUAGAGUUUAUCAAAGUAAAUAGGUAGGCCUUGAUGAAGUUAAGAGUUAGUAGUUAACUGAUAUUUGAUUGCUUGUCCACAUAAUGUUUGGUUAGCUGGGUUUAUAAUGAAGAAUAUAGAAACUGAUAAAUAGCUUUUGGGUACAUAAGACAACAGUAGGCCUCCUCUGCUCUGAAACCAAUUGAAGAUGAGGAAUGGGACUUUUACCAAUGGGUUCAUUUGUCAUAUUUGCAUUGAAAAGGUGGAAAGGUCAGAACGAGGAAGACUUCAUUUACUUCCUCAUUUUGGGACCCCUCCCCAUGAAAGGGACCAUUGACCCAUUUCAAGAAACAAACUACGCAUGCUUAAAAGCUUUUGAACUAAUUACCUUACAAAUCGGGGACUGGGAUGUACCAAAGUUAUGAAUAUGCAUUUGUAUUUUGGGUAUUCAAUACUUGCAUAGAUAAAAGGACUCUGUAAGCACCUGUAAAUUGUGAUGUGUAUUUGGGAGUUAUCCCACAAUAAACAUACUUUCUAACUCUAAACUGUUAGAGAGCCUUUGUCCGCCACAGUUGGAUAUCGGUACUAGAUCAAUAUCCAUAUUUUUAAUAAAUCAGCAUGCUCGAGCAGGCCCGGCAGUGCUGCAAGCUCCUCUUUGUCCCCAAGUGUCCCUCACGGGGCAUCAGAGCCGGGCAUGGCCGCAGAGCGGGAGGAUGAGGGCUCGGCCUCGGCCUGGCUGUCCCGGGCUCUUCCAGC